CCGGAGCCCGCCCUGGCCACGCUCCUCUCGGUGCGGCCCUGCCCCGGCCGCCCGGCGCGCGGAGCUGCAGCCAUGGCUGUCACCGCCGAGGGCGCCCGCAGGAAGGAGCGCGUCCUCUGCCUGUUUGACGUGGACGGGACCCUCACGCCGGCUCGCCAGAAAAUUGACCCUGAGGUAUCAGCCUUCCUGCAGAAGCUGCGCAGCAGGGUGCAGAUUGGAGUGGUGGGCGGCUCCGACUACGCCAAGAUCGCUGAGCAGCUGGGAGACGGGGACGAAGUCAUUGAGAAGUUCGAUUAUGUGUUUGCUGAGAACGGGACGGUGCAGUAUAAGCACGGACGGCUGCUCUCCAAGCAGACCAUCCAGAACCACCUGGGAGAAGAACUGCUGCAGGACUUGAUCAACUUCUGCCUCAGCUACAUGGCCCUGCUCAGACUGCCCAAGAAGCGCGGAACCUUCAUCGAGUUCCGGAAUGGCAUGCUGAACAUCUCGCCCAUUGGCCGCAGCUGCACCCUGGAGGAGAGGAUCGAGUUCUCUGAAUUGGACAAGAAGGAGAAGAUCCGGGAGAAGUUCGUGGAAGCCCUGAAGACAGAGUUUGCCGGCAAAGGGCUGAGGUUCUCCCGAGGAGGCAUGAUCAGCUUCGACGUCUUCCCUGAGGGCUGGGACAAGCGGUAUUGCCUGGACAGCCUGGACCAGGACAGCUUUGACACCAUUCAUUUCUUUGGGAACGAGACCAGCCCCGGCGGGAAUGACUUUGAGAUCUAUGCUGAUCCCCGGACCGUUGGCCACAGUGUGGCUUCCCCUCAGGACACAGUGCGGAGAUGCAGAGAGAUUUUCUUCCCAGAGACAGCCCAUGAGGCAUGACCGGCCCACACCUGUGCCUCGUGGCUUCCAGAGUCCACCCAGGCCUGAGGGAGAACCUGGCCUUCAGCAGGGCACCAGGGCCCCUCCCUCUCUGGCCUAGGACCCGCUGCAAGGCCCACAUGUGGGGCCAGGGCCUGCAAGGUCCACAGUCCCCAGCCAGUCAUCUCCUGGGGAGACCUGCUCCCCUCCUGCUUGUGCCCAGAGUGUCCCCAUCCUCCACUCUGGUGGCUCUGGCCACAGCUGCUGCUUAUACUUCUGGACCGAGCAGGUAUCUGCCCACACUGGGAGGAGGCAUGUGCAAGAGUGUGAUAAGGAUCCACCCUGUCCGCCUGCCCUGGCCAGACGAGGUGCAGUGUCAGGGAGGACAUAUCUCAGAGAACUUUGUCACAUAUAUUAAAGUUCCCAGGACAA